AUGUCUUUCUCUCUCACCGACGGUUGCAAGAAGAGAAAACGGUGGCCCAAGAUUUUCCGGCUACAAUCUUUCGCAGACCCCGGUUGUCCGAUUUCACCUUCAGGCACUUUCCGUGAAAACGUUCGGUUGUUUCUUCAAGAAGCUGGUGAGCCUGAAGAUUACACGGUUCUGGGUAAUCCUCUUUGGUCCACGUUUCUCAUUCAUGAUAAGAGUAACCUAAUGGCUCCGUUCUAUACUCUUGAAGAAGAAGUUUACAACUCUUCUCAUCCCUUCUGUGAUCAUUGUCGUUGCGUAGGUUGGAGUGGUCAUUUCGUAUCGAAGAGAAGGUACCAUUUCAUAAUUCCGAUGGACAAUGCGUGGCAUAAGCCGUUAAAUGAGGAAUCUCUAGAUAAUCAAAGUCAUCUGUUACAUGGUGUGAUUCAUUGCAAUGGUUAUGGUCAUUUAGUAUGUCUUAAUGGCAUUGAAGGUGGUUCCAAAUAUCUCAGUGGGAGAGAGGUCAUGGAUCUAUGGGACAGAAUUUGUAGCAAUCUUAGAGCAAGGCAAAUUGCAGUAGAAGAUGCUUCAAGGAAAAGAUCAAUGGAUCUUCGAUUAUUACAUGGAGUUGCUUAUGGUCACUCUUGGUUUGGUAGAUGGGGCUAUAGGUUUUGUCGUGGAAGCUUUGGCGCGACAGAAGAUAACUACUAUGAAGCCAUUGAAACUCUUGGUUCGUUAGUUCUUGAUGAGAUUGCAAGAGAUUUGAGUAAGACAAAGUGCCAUAAAGAUAUCAAACAGAUGAUUCGUUUCUAUAGAGAUAUGAGUGAAACACAAAUCAUCACAAUUAGAGAGCUUCUCAGAUUCAUGCUCACUGUCAAGUCUCGGCGACCCGUGUCAAAGAUAACAAUCACCUGUUCUUCUGCUUCUAAUUCUGCUGCUUCUGCUUCUGAUUCACCUACAACAUUUCUGUCAAGAAAUCCAACCAAACAUAAUGCACUUUCAUGUAGUAGAUCAGAUUCCAUGAGUAAGGAAAAAUCAGCAAGGUAUAAAAAAUUCAGCACAGCAGUGGUGAACAUGGAUAGUAGAUGGCCAACAAGGAGACUAGAGUUUGCAGCUCAAGUGAUUGUUGAUGCAUUGAAAGAAGACAAAGCUACGAAAUCAGGAUCUAGUGGAAUGACAAGACAAGAUGUGAGGGAUGCAGCUAGGCUUCACAUUGGUGACACAGGUUUACUUGAUUAUGUGCUGAAAUCAUUGAACAAUGUGAUUGUUGGAAACUACGUGGUUCGCCGUAUGGUUAACCCUUCUUCAAGGAUCCUUGAGUAUACCAUUCAUGAGCUUGGGAAAGGGUUCAACGCACCUGAAGUGGAACAUGGAGUAAUGACAGUUGCGGAUAAUCCUCAAGUAGAUUCAUCAUCAACAGCAGGAGCCUCAUCUUUAACUCCGGGUAAUGAUGUUUACAGCGAUGUAGUUUACCUCUACAAGAAUGUGUUGUUGGGCUAUCCAGAAUCAGAGGCGGUGGAAUUAGCAGUUCAAACAAUUCUUGACUGCAGACACUUUGUGAAAGAGUGGGAAUUGAGAGAUGAAAUGGAACAGGUUCUGACGUUUAUUUGCUGUCUGAAACCGAAUUUUGUCGAGGAUAAAUCUGAUUUAAAAGGGCCAACUUGUGGUGAGAUUGUAACAGUUCCAUUGCAUGCAACAGUUAGGGACUUGAAACAAGCUGCUGAGGCUGCUUUAAGGGACACUUAUUGCAUAGCUGAGAGACUGAUAGUGACAGAUAUAAAAGAACUGAUGGGUGUGGAGGAUAAUGAAGUGAUUUUUGGGUUGAUUGAAUCAGGUGUGAAGCUUUGUAUUAGAGGAAUCAGUAUAGACUUGUGUACACCAUUGAAAUAUCAAGGAGGGUCUGAUAACUGGAAGGUGAGGUGUGAGUGUGGAGCACAUGAUGAUGAUGGUGAGAGAAUGGUGUCUUGUGAUAUUUGUGAGGUGUGGCAGCAUACAAGAUGUUGUGGAAUAGAUGAUACUGAGACUGUUCCCCCAUUGUUUGUGUGUACUGUAUGCUGUGAUUCACUUGUCCCACCAAGGAUUGAAUCUAGCAGCUAUGUGGAUUGUGCUGACGCAUUUCUGGUUUUAUCUGAGCCUAAUCAUUUGCUUGAAUAUGGUUACGGAUACUGA